AUGGAUUCAAGCAGCAGCAGUGAUGAAGACUGUGACGCCUAUGAGUCUUCUUCUGAUGACUCUUCUUCUGACGACUCUUCUUCUGAUGACUCUUCUUCUGAUGACUCUUCUUCUGACAAAUCUUCUUCUGACAAGUCUUCUUCUGGCAAGUCUUCUUCUGGCAAGUCUUCUUCUGGCAAGUCUUCUUCUGAGUCCUCUGAUGAGUCUUCUGACACUGAGGGCUCCAGUGUUCAGAAGACUUCAGUAAUUGUUAUUGAUGAUGAAGAUGGCAAACCCCAUUUGAGGGAUGCUGAGAAGAAAAGAGAGGAUUCUAGUGUUGAGUGCCAAAUGCCUAUGCUUGAAAAGGAGGUAGUUGAAUGUAUUGAAUCUGAGCCCACUUCAUCUGAUGUUUAUGAAAUAUGGGAUCUUGGUGAAAGUUUCAAAGAACCACCACUGGAGCUUGAGCAGGGACCUGAGCCCGAGCUUGAGCUGGAGCCCCAGUGGGAGUUGGAGCCAGAGCCUGAGCUGGAGCCCCAGCGGGAGCCAGAGCCUGAGCCGGAGCCCCAUUGGGAGUCUGAGCCAGAAACUGAGCCAGAACCCCAGUGGGAAUCUGAGCCAGAGCCUGAGCUGGAGCCUCAGCUGGAGCCCGAGCCAGAAACCAAGCCAGAGCCUGAGCCAGAGCCCCAGUGGGAAUUACAGCUGGAGCCUCAGCUGGGGCCCGAGCCAGAAACCAAGCCAGAGCCUGAGCCAGAGCCCCAGUGGGAAUUACAGCUGGAGCCUCAGCUGGGGCCCGAGCCAGAAACCAAGCUAGAGUCUGAGCUGGAGCCCCAGUGGGAAUUUGAGCUAGAGGCUGAGCCAGCACCCCAGUGGGAAUUAGACCCAGAGCCUGAGCUAGAGCCUCAGCUGGGGCCCGAGCCAGAAACCAAGCCAGAGCCUGAGCCAGAGCCCCAGUGGGAAUUACAGCUGGAGCCUCAGGUGGGGCCUGAGCCAGAAACCAAUCUAGAGCCUGAGCCCCAGUGGGAAUUACAGCUGGAGCCUCAGGUGGGGCCCGAGCCAGAAACCAAUCUAGAGCCUGAGCCAGAGCCCCAGUGGGAAUUACAGCUGGAGCCUCAGGUGGGGCCCGAGCCAGAAACCAAUCUAGAGCCUGAGCCAGAGCCCCAGUGGGAAUUACAGCUGGAACCUCAGGUGGGGCCCGAGCCAGAAACCAAUCUAGAGCCUGAGCCAGAGCCCCAGUGGGAAUUACAGCUGGAGCCUCAGCUGGGGCCGGAGCCAGAAACCAAGCUAGAGCCUGAGCUGGAGCCCCAGUGGGAAUUCGAGUUAGAGGCUGAGCCAGCACCCCAGUGGGAAUUAGACCCAAAGCCUGAGCUAGAGCCUCAGGUGGGGCCCGAGCCAGAAACCAAGCCAGAGCCUGAGCCAGAGCCCCAGUGGGAAUUAGAGCUGGAGCCUCAGGUGGGGCCCGAGCCAGAAACCAAUCUAGAGCCUGAGCCAGAGCCCCAGUGGGAAUCUGAGCCAGAACCUCAGUUGGGGCCUGAGCCAGAAACCAAGCUAGAGCCUGAACUGGAGCCCCAGUGGGAAUCCGAGCCAGAACCUCAGUUGGGGCCUGAGCCAGAAACCAAGCUAGAGCCUGAGCCGGAGCCCCAGUGGGAAUCCGAGCCAGAACCUCAGCUGGAACCUCAGUUGGGGCCUGAGCCAGAAACCAAGCUAGAGCCUGAGCCAGAGCCCCAGGGGGAAUCUGAGCCAGAACCUGAGCUGGAGCCCCAGAAGGAGUCUAAGCCAGUACCCGAGCUAGAGCCUGAGCUCCAACUGGAGUUCAAGCCUGAGCUGGAGCCCCAGCCAGAGUCCAAGCCAGAACCUGAGCUAGAGCCAGAGCCCCUAAAGCCUGAGCCUGAGCCGGAACCCCAGCGGGAGCCAGAGCCAGGGCCAGAGCCUGAGCUUAAGCAGGAACCAGAGCAGGAGCCCAAGCUGGUGCUGGAGCCAGAGCUUGAGCAAGAUGUUACAGCCAAAGAGGCUAAGGAGAGAAAGGCUGCAGCUCUGCAGGCACAACAAAGGAGAAAGAAGAGGAAAAAUAGAUUCAUAUGUAUGGCACCUCCUAAGUCACGUAGGAAACGGCGUCGGGCCAUCUCACAGGAUGCGCCCAGCCUGCCAAGUGCCUCUGCAGAGCCUAGUGCUUCUGAUGAUCCCAUAUCAUCAGACCCACCUGAUGAUCCUGCUGAAUUUGUGCCAUUAAAGAAACCCAGAGGCAAAAGGGCACGCCCAUAUAAGUAAAAGAGAUCUUUCUGCAAAUGGGGGUGGGGGCUCCCAUGUCCAUCUUAAGCUCUAAUAUGUUAGCAUUUACUGUUCAGUUCCCUGCAGUGCUUUCCCCAUGAAUUUCCUGUCCCAAUGUCUAGGGUUGUCAUCAUGGACAUGCCCCCACGACUCUGGCCAGUUGUCAAUUACCCUGUGCAGCCAUAAGUUAGGGGGAGUCCUCCCUCCUAGUUUAAUAGUUUUAAGAGUUUUUCUCAAGUGUUGUAUGUAGCAUCUUGCUGAAUUUGUCCCUCAGUAGUUGGUUCAUAAGAGGACUCUUAAUGAUUUAUUCUUUUAAGGGUCUAGCCUCAUGA